AUGGAUAUAUACACCGACGACCGAAGUACUCAUACCAUUGAUUGGCGGCUCCCUGAGAAUUAUACUAUAACCAAUCCAACAUUGGAUUUAUCAAGUCCUCUUUCAACUAUGGGAAGCAACCAUCCCUUAAGUUGUUUUACGGACCCUGAAAUGGCUACCGCAAAUGUUUUGGCAUCUCCGUAUAGUUCAACCGAUGAGACAAUGGGACUUGCCGCCUAUACCCCAUUGUGGAGAGAUUCGGAACAACAAGUCCAGUGGAAGAAGAUAUCGUGUCCCUUUUAUCAUGACCCACUAAGCAUCAGAAGCUGUGAGUGGUGUGGCCAACAGCCCAGUAUUUUGGAAGGAAAUACUCCGGGUCAAUGGUAUCACUGCUAUCCCUUGAUGUUAUCUGCCGACGAAUAUGAAAACGAACGACCUCUAAGCUUUCCCAUAUCAUCAGCCUUGGACUGUUCUCCUGUUUUCGGCAUAGAUGCUAGGUGUGACCCUAGGACCAUGACUGAUGGAAAUCAGUCAUUCCACCAAGAUCAGACAUUAGAAGAGGAAGUCACCUUCGCACCGACUAUGAUCGAACCAUACUGCCUUUACAGCACACGUUUCGGUGAAUUGAGUACUAGUGGGUGGCCAGUCAUUCCAUUACCACCUGGUAAUGGAAAUUAA